AUGGGACUGAUGAGCAUGUCUAUCCCGAACGAGUAUUCGGAUCUCGAAGAGGACGAUGACGAAGACAUUGAAAAUCCCAGCGACAAAGAAUCCGUCAUCCCAAGCUUUCAUCUGGGAAGCUCAUUUGAGCGGCUCGCACAUGAGCGUAAUGGCAUGCCUUAUCAGCGCAGCCCACGGCAUAAAAAAGAGAGCUCCAUGGUCAGCCAGUAUGGAAUUGGUGCCAAGUUGUUGAUGGGUAUGGGCUACCAGGAGGGAAAGGGACUAGGGUCCAAACAAAACGGCAUUGCUGUGCCCAUCGAAACCAAACUACGACCCCAAGGGCUAGGCGUCGGAGGGAUCCGCGAGAAAAUCAGUGGAGCAAAGCAAAUGGUGAGCUCCGAUGACGACAGUGGUCACGGGGAAGGAACAGUUGCUUUUUCCAAGCCCACAUAUGACCUCUUUUCCGUCAUUGAUUCUCUCGAACGAGCGGGUGUGACUGUUCCACUUCGCUACAAGGAGCUUUCCGACAAUGCAGACGCAAACCGGGAUGCCUUGGAGUUGGAAAAGGCACACACAAGACUCUCACAGAUCAGCACAGAGGUGGCGCUUCUUGAUCUGAAAAUCCGAGGUGUGCAAUUGGAACUCGAUCACAAUGCUCGCUCGCUAGAAGCCGAGAUUCUCGAGAAAUCCACUUUGGAGACUUUAAUCAGCAAGCUCAGCAUUCUGCGUGAGAGUAUCUCGGACACACAUGCUUUGCUAACAGAACUUACAAAAGAUCCUCUCCGUUCUGUUCCAGAGGUACAAAAUAUCUUUGUUGCAUACGCAAAGACUCAGGUGGCAGAAUUAUUCUCUUCAAAUGACGCGCACCUGCUUGAGCAGUUGCUGACAUGGGCUGUGCUUUUCAGAAGUUUAGAAACAGAGCAUGCGUCCUCGGCUCUCAAUAGUUGGGAUGCGCUUAUUUUGCAGCUUCUCAAAGAAAACUCUGAUAACUCGAAUAUCUCGGCGCACGAUUUUAAGUUUUGGUUAGACUCACCUGUGAUAAUCAACUCCCCGCUCCUUGAGCAAAUUGGACUCGUUGACUUUGUUAUGCCCUCCUUAUUGAAGACUGUAGAGAGCUGGGAUCUAAAGACGGGUUUUGAGAGCACGAUAUUGGAGGAUCUUUCUGACUUUGACUGGGAUGACGCUCAACGCCGUCAAAUCGUGGAAGCUGUUGCCAUGAAAUACGAGGCUCAUCUUUCUCGCUGUUGGCUAGAAAUGGCUAAGACACAUGAUUACGUUUGGAGCUGGGACCACUACGACCAGGAAAUGAAACCUAUUCUUGAGCACUUUUUUUCGACUGGCGUUGUUCUUAUUGCUCAAUAUCACGCUAAAAAAGCACAUGAUUUGAGAAAUCAAGUGAUUUUAGACUUGUUGCACUUUUGCCAAAGCCAGACGAGUAACACAUGUGAUAUUUUGGAACUUGUGUUGGAGUUUCAACAUUCUUUUCAACUCCUAUCACCGAUACAGCUGGAGAUUAUUAUGCUGUUUACCGUGCUCAACACUAUGGUGAAGCACUUGAUGAAUAUUUUGAGAGAUAAAGAGAAUCCAGUCCCCUUGUUUCAAACUUGGCAGCAAAAAUUCGCUUCGUUGAGCAGCAAAUAUACCGAUGUGAGGGAGUUGUUGCUCUGGUACACGAAUGUGUUUAUCGAACUAAUCUGGUGCGUGAGUGAAAAAAAGCAGCCCAACAUGCAAUUGCCAACCUAUAAUCUGGACAGCCUUACCAUCCAUGAGCUUGAAAGUCUCAUCCUUGGUGACAAAAAAGACCAAUCGCCGAGCGUAUAUUCCAUUGCCAAGCAGGAUCUACUCGUGACAUUUAAAGAUGUCAUUCAACAAAUUUGCCUACAACACAAUGUGCUUUUUCAGGUGACAGGUCGCCGGAAUUCGAGUAUGAAUGAAAUUUGUGAACUUGUUUUCCCUGAUGGAAAGAAGUACUCAUGUUUCAUAUCAAAUGAUGUGCUUUGGGUGCGCGAGUCGGCUGAAUUUAAUCCAGUUGAUGCACACGAGUUCUUUGGAAAUAAUUGCUUGUAG